GUGACGUUAAUCGGCUUUGGGAGGUUUCGCGCCUGCGCAGUUGCUCAGCUGCUGCCUGGCCUGAUUGUGCUUUGUAUUAAUAGAAUUUGCGCCCCGGCUAUCUCUGCUUCUACCUGUGUAUUGUGGCGUCUACCCCAACAAUGGACCGGAGUUCGAAAAGACGUCAAGUGAAGCCUUUGGCAACCUCCCUUCUAGAAGCAUUGGAUUAUGAUAGCUCAGAUGACAGUGAUUUUAAAGUUGGAGAUGCUUCAGAUUCUGAAGGCAGCGUGGUCGGCAGUGACGAUGGGUCAAAGGACAGUGGUGAAGGUUCUGGCAGUGACUCUGAAGACAACAUAAGGGAGAUGGACAGGUCAGCGGCCGCUGCAGAAGAGGAAGAUAAGGCAGGCGAAGGAGGCGAAGAGGCAGGUUUAAGUUACACAGGGACUGAGGAAAAGGCAACAGACGAGCAACCGAGCAAGGAGGAGAUAAAAAAAGAAGAGAGUGAUAAGUCUCGGAAGCGAAAGGAGAGAGUCCCAGAUGUGGACAUUAGCACCGAUGACCAAACCAAUGAGCCCAAGAAAUGGAAUCUGCGCAGAAACCGCCCCCUGCUGGAUUUUAUCACCAUGGAAGAGUUAAAUGCAAUGGACGACUACGACAGUGAAGAUGACAAUGACUGGAGGCCGACGGGCGGCAAGAGGAAGAGAAAGUCCUCUGCUGGAGAGGGCAGUGAUGGGGAAGACGAUGAUGAAGAGGAUGGAAGUGAGGAGGAAUCGAACCAACAAGCUGGCAAUAAAGACGACUGCAGCAGUUCCAGUGAUGAGGAUGGAAAGAAGAAAAAAAUAAAGAUUCCCGGUAGAGCCAACGCCGAUGAUGAGGAGCUGACGAAUGACAGCUUGACGCUGUCUCAAAGCAAAAGUAAUGAGGAUUCCCUUAUUCUUGAGAAGAGUGAAAAGUGGUGUUCUCAGAAAAUGGACCAUAUAUUAAUAUGCUGUGUUUGCCUUGGGGACAAUAGCGAAGAUGCCGAUGAAAUUAUCCAGUGUGACAAUUGUGGCAUAACUGUACAUGAAGGCUGCUAUGGUGUGGAUGGAGAAAGUGAUUCCAUUAUGAGCUCGGCCUCUGAAAACUCCACUGAGCCCUGGUUCUGCGAUGCCUGCAAGUGUGGUGUAUCCCCUAGCUGUGAGCUCUGCCCCAACCAAGAUGGGAUAUUUAAAGAGACUGAUGCUGGAAGAUGGGUCCACAUAGUCUGUGCCCUUUAUGUCCCAGGUGUGGCUUUUGGGGAUAUUGACAAAUUACGCCCUGUAACCCUAACAGAAAUGAAUUAUUCAAAGUAUGGCGCUAAGGAAUGCAGCUUCUGUGAAGAUUCCCGAUUUGCCAGGACUGGGGUCUGUAUCAGCUGCGACGCCGGCAUGUGCCGCGCUUACUUUCAUGUCACUUGUGCCCAGAAGGAAGGCUUGCUAUCUGAAGCCGCCGCUGAAGAGGAUAUUGCAGACCCUUUUUUUGCUUACUGCAAGCAGCACGCCGACCGCUUUGACAGAAAAUGGAAAAGGAAAAAUUAUUUGGCUCUGCAAUCUUACUGUAAAAUGUCCUUGAAAGAAAGAGAAAAACACCUCGCACCAGAAGCACAGGUAUUAAUGCCACCGACUGUGAUGUUUCAGUAUGAAAAGAGGCAUUGCAUACCUAGAGAUGGAAAUGCUCGCAUCGCCACCCGAUUACAGCAGUACCGCGUGAAGUCAGAGCUAGCCCGUAAUACCAGGCCUCAGGCAUGGGUUCCAAGAGAAAAGCUCCCUCGGCCGCUCACCAGCAGCGCGUCGGCUAUACGUAAACUAAUGCGCAAGGCUGAACUGAUGGGUAUCAGCACGGACAUCUUCCCUGUGGACAAUUCGGACACUAGUUCCAGUGUGGAUGGAAGGAGGAAGCACAAGCAGCCUGCCCUGACGGCUGACUUUGUCAACUACUACCUGGAGAGGAACAUGCGCAUGAUGCAGCUGCAAGAAAACAUGGCCGAGCAAAAGAACAUCAAAGACAAAUUAGAAAACGAACAAGAAAAACUCCACAUUGAAUAUAACAAGCUGUGUGAAGCUUUGGAUGAUUUGCAGAAUGUCAACAGCAAUUUGAGGAAUGAUGGGCAAGGUUUAUGGGUCAUGAUGUGUAAAGUCACCGGACAGAAACUGAAUAUUCCAGGUAUCCUUCGGGCACCUAAAGAAAGAAAACCUAGUAAGAGAGAGGGAGGAACGCAGAAGACUCUGCCGUUGCCCGCGGUUCUCUACAGUUGUGGAAUAUGUAAGAAGAACAAUGACCAGCAUCUCCUCUUGCUGUGCGACACCUGCAAGCUGCACUAUCAUCUAGGGUGCCUGGACCCCCCGCUAACGAGAAUGCCAAAGAAAACGAAGAACAGCUACUGGCAAUGUUCAGAGUGUGACCAGGCCGGCAGCAGCGACAUAGAAGCGGAUUUUGCUAUGGAAACUUUACCAAACGGGACCAAGCGAUCCAGAAGACAGAUUAAGGAACCAGUGAAGUUUGUGUCGCAGGAUGUUCCUCAGGACACCAAAAAGACUCCCCUACGGAAUGUUAAGAAUUGUUUUAGAGGAAGACGAAAAAGUUCACAGUUACACCUUGAGGACUCCGAAGAGGUCAAGAAGGAGAAACUACCUGCAGAUUCCACGAGGCAGCCCGAGCACCAGCCCGAACACACUCAGCGGAGUGAUCUUUUGUCGAGAACCAGAGGACAGAAACGGAAGAGAAGCUUCGGUAUUGAAGAUGAGAAGCCCGAGGAGCGUACGCCGAGAGAGAGGAGGAGAAGGCAGUCCCUUGCUCUACACAAAAAGCCCAAAUCGGAGGACUUGAGGACAGAAUGUGCUUCAUGUAAAGGCAUUGGUGACAAUGAGAAUCUAGUGAGAUGUGACGAGUGCACGCUCUGCUACCAUUUUGGCUGUCUGGACCCUCCUUUGAAGAAGUCUCCUAAGCAGACAGGGUAUGGCUGGAUUUGCCAGGAAUGUGACUCGUCAUCUUCCAAAAAUGUCUGUCAAAGUGCUGCAGUCCCACCUCAGUCUGCAGCCACAAGGAAGAUGACAGUGAAAAGACAGAGGCAGAAUCAAAACCACCGCUAGAACCAGAGACUGUGUGAACAAAAAAAAAAGAAUAACACUAGGCUGAAAAAUUAUGUAAAAUUUGAGAAACGCGUUUUGCCAACCCCGUCACUGCAUUAUAGCCCUCCAAUUUCUGUGAUCAGGUUAACCAGGAUUUUUUUAAGGAAAAAGAUUGACAUAUCAUUGCCGCUAGGGGGAGGGGGAAGAAACACCUGUCAAUGCAAAAAUUGCUGGUGAUUAUACGUACAAGAAAAAAAAAGUGGAAAAGGAAUUUAAAAUGUUUUAUUUUUUUUGUCUGCUAACACUGUUGGAUAAGACUAGUUGGAUAAGAUUAGUCUGGGAUAAGAUGAACUUAUCCCAGACUAAUCGUGGUCAAGACUUGGUAUGGACAACCUGUGGCCUCCCUAGCUGUAGUUGAAGCACAGCCUGCUGGGACUUCAGUUUUACAAUUGCGCGAGUCUCGCAGGUUGCCUACCUGAAGAAUUUUUGUAAAUACCACAAAAAAAAAGUGACUGUUAUUUUUUGUUGUUGUUCCUUUUGUUUAAAAACUCUCAUCGAUAUAUGAUGUGAGCUGGUAUGUACUAACUUUAUAGAUUUAUAUUGGUAGCUACAGUAGUAGAAGUUUUGCGUACUUUUGCAUGUUUUGUAUGUCAGGUAUUUUAUGCAUGCUGCUUAUUUUAUUUGUUGGUUUUUUGUUUUUUAAUAACCGUAUGACCUUGUGGUAAUACUUAAGUUCCAAUGACUGUACAUUUUGAACCAUUAUAAGCCAGGACAAGGAAUAUACAAUAAACAAUAUUUUUCUUGACUGCA